CGCAAACUAAACGUACCAUCUAAACCCGUUCGGGUUGCCAUGCUUAACUCCGAACGUUCGGGAGUUAUCAUGACCGUAGUUUUUCCGUAAAAAAAUUGGAAGAAGAGAGGGAGAGCUCGGAUCGGUUGGAAAGGAAAGAGCUCGAAUCAGCUCGAAAAAAAGAGGAGCAGAUCGGUUGGGAUUGGGACGUGAUUACCUCCCACGUUAGUUGGUUUAUUUGGAAAGUACUAGUCAGCCACGUUGGAUUUUGGGAAAGAAAAAAAAAGUGGAUCGACCAAAUUGAAAAGAAAGAAGAAAAAAAACUGCAGUUUGGUCUCUCCACACAAAGAGAGAAGGAAAGUGUGGAUUGGUUUGUUUAUUUGGCAACGCUCCUUUCUUCUAGUUUUGGAGAUUGUGCUUUAAUAAAAAAGUUGCCUUGUUACUUUUGAGCCAGAAAAGGGGAGAGGAGCACGUUCAGAUCAAGGAAAGUAAAUUUGCUUAUUUGGAAGGUUCGGAUUAGCGCAUUAAAAAAGAGCAGAAAAAGGGCAGGUUCUGUACGGCCAAAGGAGGAGAUACCGUGAGAAGUUUGGAAGGUUUUGUAGGUGAAAAAAAACAAUAGAAGAGGAAAGAGAUGUGUUGUGUUGUUUGGGAAGAGAGAGAGAGCGCGCGCGCACGAAUUAGGAGGAGAUGGAUGCGUACUAGUCCACCGACUUCGUUGGUGCGGUUGGAUUCCUAUAAGGAAACUAUAAAGAAAAGAAAAAGAUACUUUUUCUCUUGGGUUGUUACGAAGCGAAGUGCUAAAAGAGGAUUGUUAAAAGAAAGGACGCCGAUAACUGCCACAUGUGUGGUGUAUCGGGUGGUUGUGCCGCACGCCUCGUGUGGCAUGGAGAAGAACCCGCCCGCACGGCCGCGUCCGGGCGCGCGCCGCCACAGCCCGCAUGUCCGGUGUGUGGCAAAACCGCCCACACGUCCGGGCCAGACGACUGCGCUGCCCGCACGACCCAGCACGCCAACCGUCCCGGGCUCCUUCCGAUCCCCAGUGCGCCCUGCCGCCAUUGUCUCCCACCUCUCGGUCCCCUACCUCCAUCGCCUUCUUCUCUGGUUGCCAUGGCAACUAGAGCAGAUCUCUAGUGCCUUCCCACCGCUAACCACCAACCCCCCUCCCACCCCAACCCCGCCCUCCCAAAACGACGAGUUAAAACAGGUGGAUCUCCAAUCUCCUUCUGUUUCUCGACCUUCUUCUGUCCAGAAAUCUGAAAUUGCAAAUUUGCCCACAAAGAUGGCAACCGGAUCCACGCUAUCAGGGCAAACACCACACGAAUUUGUGUGUCUUUGCAUUUGCCCACCAACAUACGCCAGAUCUGCCAUAUACUAUGCUAGAGUUGUGCCAAGCUUCUGGGUUGGCUUGGUGCGAGUAGUUGGUAAUGAAGCAUGCGUAGGAAUCACUAUAAAUAGGGAGAGAAAGGAGGAAUUUGGCAUAGGGACGGAGGAAAAAUAAUUGCCACUUGUAUCUAACAUCAGUUGCCAUCUAUCAUUGUCCGUAGUUGCCACCAUGUUAACUUAUUGCUUGCCAUCCUAUUUUAUUGUCUGUUGCCAUCGCUUCAAAAUGAUAGCUGGCAUCCAGAAAUCAGAAAAUAGAAUGGAUGUGCAUGUCCUACUUGCCAUGAGGUGUUGGUUGCCUACGCAAGAAAUGUUAUGAGAUUGCCGUGUUAUCUUCUACGUGCAAACAGCAAGAAUGCUUUUUGCGGAUUGUUGAUGCGUCCUUGUUCAUGCAGUGACUAAAAACACAGUGGCAGAAAAGAAAGCAGAAGAAUGAAUCACGAAGAUGGCACUGAUCCUUGGCUUUCUCAAAGGCCGGAAACGCCACCUUGGGAUGCAAUAGAGUACAAUCAGCUCAUUUCUUCAGGGCCAUUGCUGCCACUACUAGAGCACUACGCAGGCAUCGGAGGUUCUUAUGACCAAACCACAAUCAGGGGGGCAGCAUGGCAAGUUUCGUCACAGGGUGCUAACGCUGACAAAUGUAAGGGCAACCAACUUCAGCUAGCUAACGUGGCAAAUCAAGGACCUUCAUGCAGCACGUGGCAUCAGGCGGCAACCAUGUACCUGCCAUCAACGUCGUACACAGGUUGUUACGGUGGAACCACAUCGGCAAACGUCUCAUGGCAAGCUUCACAGUUGCAGGAAAGCGCUAUUGCAGAUAGAGCAAAUCAAAUUGGAUUGACAGACCACACAAGAUCGGCACAUGCGGCACAACAAGGACCUUCAACUACAAUUAACAGCGGCGCGGGGACAUCUACUACGUGGAGCUCUGAGCGCACGGAAGACACGUUCCACCAGCCAGCCAACACUCAUGCCACAAACAAUGCUGAGUCAGUGUCGGAAAUGGCAAUCGUUCCAGCAAUGCCGACAAGCACACCUUUGCACACCAGCACAAGCAACACUCAAGCAGAUGAAACAGCCGCCGAUACUGAAGUGAAUGAUGAAACCGAUGACGAAGCACAAGGGGAUGAAGAUGGUGGGCAAUCAGAAAUCAUAGUACCUCAGCCACCGUAUCUUCGGCAGACAUUUGAUUCGUUUGAAGAUGCAAAGGAAUUCUACCAGACAUAUGCAAAGUUCCAUGGGUUUGCGGUCAACAUCGAAUACCAUAGGAAAAUUAAAAAAACUAACGAGUACAGCAGAGGUGAGAUGAGGUGCUACAAGGCACGAAGAAACAAGAAGGGCAAAGGUGAUGCGCAUGUUGUUCCGGAACGAAAGAGAGGCAUCAUUGUCAAGACGGAAUGCCCUGUCCGGUGUAAGCUUAACAUAGAUGGAGCAUAGUGGGUGGUCACUGAAUAUUUUGACGAGCACAACCACGAGCAAAUAAAAAAGUUUGACCUGGUAAAAUUUCUGACCGCCCACAGAGGAUUCACCCCCUCGAGAAGAAAUUCAUAAAGCUGCUACAUGAUUGGAACAUCAGUCCAUCAAGAAUGGUCCAGAUACUCUCCCUCACCCACAACAAAAAUGGGACUCUGAGUAGCAUGCCCUACAUACCGGCAGCCAUCACAAACCUAAAGGCAAAGUACCGUAGAGAAAGCAAGUUGGCUGACAUAGAAGCCACGAUAGCCUACUUUGAUGAGAAAGUGAAAGAAGAUCUAGAUUUCCUCUACAGGAUAAGAUUGGACGACGAGGACCGUGUCAGGAACAUGUAUUGGGUGGAUGGUGCUGCAAGAAGAGCCUACAAACAUUUCUAAGACUGCAUUUCGUUCGACGCGACAUAUCUCACUAAUAUGUACAAGAUGCCAUGCACUCCAUUCAUAGGAAUAAAUAACCACAAUCAGUCAUUGCAGUUCGGAUGCGGGCUCGUUCGGAACGAAGACACGGAUGGGUACACUUGGCUGUUCAAGACCUUCUUGGAGUGCAUGGGUGGACUUGCUCCGAUGAACAUAAUAACAGACCAGGAUUUUAGCAUGCGUGCAGGCAUAGAGGAGGUCUUUCUGUUGGUAGUGCACAGGCACUGCAGGUGGCACAUUAUAAAGAAGGCUGAGGAGACGCUAGGACCGUUCUUUGCUGACCGUCUAGAGCUGCACAAGGCAUUCGAGCUGUGCGUGGACCACAGCUUGACGAUGGAGGAGUUUGAAAGGAGCUGGAUGGCUAUGAUUGAAGCAUAUCAAGUCCAAGACCACGAGACGCUUGCUAGCUUGUGGGAAAAGCGAAUGUACUGGGUGCCGGCCUACUUCAUGCAGUGCUUCUUCCCGUUUCUGCAGACUACAUAGCGCAGUGAGGGGUUCAAUGCUGUUUUGAAGCGGUACGUGAGCCCUGGCAACUCAUUGCUACAGUUUGCCAAGUAGUACACCGCUUUGCAACAAAAAAUACUGGGAUCCGAGCUGCAGCAAGAAGCAAACACCGCGCUCAAGCAACCAAAAUUGCUAACAUAUUUACCAAUGGAGAGGCAGAUGAGCAAGAUAUACACCAACAAGAUUUU